GCCACAGGAAAUACUACGUCAUCGUUACAAAUGGCCGACGUUGUAAACAAAGGCAGAGGAAUACAAGUUUUAGUUCGCUAGCUAGCUACAUGUCUACCACAACAACAACAAAAAAUGAAUAGCAUAGACUGCGAGCGUUUGGACAGCUUGGAUGGCUGGGUCGCCAUCAAAACGAACAUAUUCGAAGAAAACGAGACGUUCAAGCUCGGUUUUAUCGUUCAGUGGAAUGUGAUCGAGUCCAAGUUCGCGGUCACCUGUCACAACAGAACUCUCCAGCGACAGAAGCGCAAAGACCAGCUUGCUGUCUGCGAAACCGAAACCAGCUGGGCCGGACUCUUCUCUGUUAACGACUUAAAAAAUGUCCACCGUCAGUUUACAGGAGUCGGGGAUGUCGUCGCACCCUAUUUCCCCGACCUGUCGGACUUCAAGGAGGGUAACAUUUGGGACAUGAUCUUUCUCGGUAGCAAUCGGACGUUCAACCAAGAUGAUCAAGAGAGAGAUCUGGAUACACCUUGCCGUCAACUGGAGAAGUACUUCAGCACUGCGAUAGAUAUCUGUGGCAGGAAGAUAGUGCUGGACUCGCUUUUCCCGCAGGACGAGCGAGAUGUCGAGGAGUACUUUGAGAACAUGCAGGAGUUCAAGAGGAAAACCAUGCAGGAUGAAGUCACCAGGGCUAAGGAUCACCUUAGAAAGAUCCUUCAGAGUCAUGGAGGUGCAGACAGAAUGAUCCUACUGCUACAGAUCUACCACGAGGAGGACCUAGCCUACCAGGACCUGGUCACCGUAGCAACCACCUUCUACCAGUACCUGCUGCAACCCUUCAGAGACAUGAGAGAACUGGCAGGGCUCUACAAGAUGGAGAUACUGAAGUCUCUGGAUGAGGAGGAGUUGGGUCCUAAGAGGAUCGCAGCACUGGAGAGAGAGGCAGAGGAGUGGAGGAGGAGAGGAGAGGAUGCAGUCUCCUCCAUACAGGACAUCACAGUCAGCUACUUCAUAGAAACAUCCAAAGCCCUUGGAGGUAGAGAGAGAGAGAGAGAUAAGCGUGGUUUUGGUCAGGCCUCCUGGGCCUCAGCAGCUCCUAGACUGGAGAAGCUGCGUUUCCUGCUGGCUAAAGAGACCCUGCAACACAUGAGAGCAACUGAGAUGUGUCUGCACCGCAAGAAACACACCAUCAGAGAGAAGAUGGGAGGUCUGUCUGGCCAGGACCAGAGGGGACAAGAGACGGUAGAUAAUCUAGAGCUUCAGUACUAUGAGGCUCAGCUAGAACUCUACGAUGCCAAGUUUGAGAUCCUCAAGAACGAAGAGCUUCUAUUGGUCGCUCAGAUCGACACCCUGCGACGCCAGAUAAAAGAGCUGAAAGAGGAGGUGGUGUAUUAUGAUGUGUGUGAGGAUCCAGAGGAGCUCCAAAGCCUGUCACAGAUAGCUGCACCUUUAGACCCCAUCCACGCACCUGUCAAUCACCUGGGGCGACGCCUACAGCAGCUGGAAGCCAAGAGAGGGAACAUCUGUGCCCGCCGAGCAUACCUCCGCAACAAGAAGGAUCAGUGUGUGGAGGCUAACGAGCAGAAGCGCCGUCUGGCCCAGCACAGCUCCACUCACUUUACCCAGCACCACGGAGUAGCCCUGAAGAGAGAGAAGAGGAGAGAGGAGGAAGAGAGGAGGAAGGAGUGGAUGGACCAGGAGAGAGAGAGAACCCUGAGCAGGCUCCGCUCCUUCAGAGAGAAGCGACAGGGAAGUUACGUCCUGAAGACUCCACGAUCCAAGAUGGCUGUCAGGGAGCCGCAGUGUUCCGACCUCUCCCAGCCUCUGUCAAUCAUUAGCAUCGGCCCCUCCCCUUCAUCUAAUGGGGCCGCCCCCAGAAAGACCCCCAGGAAACUCAAACCAAAAGACAUCCCCGUCCAAAUCUUCACUCCUCCUCUCCCUCCGCCAACUACACCUCCCACUACAGCUGUACCCCCACCUCAGACCUCCUCUCCUCCUCCCCCUCCUCCUCCCCCCCCACCCCCACCUCCUCCCCCUCCACCCCUCCCUGCCCUCACCCCCUGUAAGACAGAGGUAGGGGACUCCCCCAUGCCUCUCAGUGAGAGAGAGGCCGCACCCUUCCCUGCCAAAAUGACCCUGAAGCAGAACCUAGGUUCUAUGGACGAGGUGUUGGCAUCAUUACAGCGUGGUCAGGUCAGGCUGCGUCGUGUCCAGCCCCUUGCCCCUCCUGGUCCCGGCCUGGCGCCCUCCGGUGGCGACCUCAGGGAUAACAUAAUGUCUGCCAUCAGACUUGGGGUCAAACUACGCAAGGUGGUCCCAGCGACGCCCCUGCCCCAGGACAGCAGGGACACGGAUCUGCAGAGGAGCAUCAAGGCAGCCAUGCAGAGGAUGAAGAAGGUCUCCUCCGACUCGGAUGAUGAAGAUGAGGAGAGAGGAGAGGACAACACGCCCUCGGCUGAGUGGGACAGCUGAGAGGAGACGUUUGCACGGACAGACAGACAGACACUCGGACACAUCCAUAAAACAGGCGUACUGCGUGUGUGUGUGUGUGUGUGUGUGUGUGUGUGUGUCUAUUCAGCGGGGGGAACAAGUAUUUGAUACACGGCCGAUUUUUGCAGGUUUUCCUACUUACAAAACAUGUAGAUAUACUUAUGUCAUGCAAUUAAAUGCAAAUUAAUUACUUAAAAAUCUUACAAUGUGAUUUUCGUUUUAGAUUCCGUCUUUCACAGUUGAAGUGUACCUAUGAUUAAAAAGAAUUACAGACCCCUACAUGCUUUGUAAGUAGGAAAACCUGCAAAAUCUGCAGUGUAUCAAAUACUUGUUCUCCCCACUGUAUAGACACACACACACGUACAAAACAUUCACUAAUCAAUAGGUUAACCAUGUUGCCAAGGGUUUAGUCGUGUGAUUAGUCAGGUUUACUGUUUGAUGUAAAACUUGAUCCAUAGAGAAGAGAUCGUAUCUUAAAACACCCUGAAGCACUGUGCCCAAAUAUCCACAACCUGUUACCAGGGUUCAAGGCUGCAGCCUCUUUUUCACCAAGCUUUGAAACUAGCUGUUAUCUGGCUAAAAAGCUCCCACCAAUUCCAGAUUUUCAUGAAUUCUUGUUUGUACGCUUGUCUAGUCUUCCGUUUGCAAACAAGCCUGAGGACUUGACAUUGAAGUAUUGUCCAACUGCUUUACACACACAGAGAGACACAGAGAGAGAGAGAGAGAGAGAGAGACACAGAGAGAGAGAGACACAGAGAGAGAGAGAGACACAGAGAGAGAGAGAGACACAGAGAGAGAGAGAGACACAGAGAGAGAGAGAGACACAGAGAGAGAGAGAGACACAGAGAGAGAGAGAGACACC